AGUCGGCUACCCAGGCACCGCGAGGUGGGCGGAGCUGGAAGAGGAGCAGGCAUCCUCUGCGGCGCGGCGGCGGGCGGCGGCCCUGCUGCCUGGCGCGCCCAUGGCCCCGGAGCACGGAGAAUAGGAGCCGUGUUGCGCGGCCACAGCCCAGCUCCGCGCCGCUUGCCCGGAGCCCCCCAGAGCUGCCCGCGUCGCCGCCGCCGCCGCCCCCCAGCUGCGGGCGCCCGGCCGCUGGCUGCGCUAGGGACCCACGGCCGCUGGCCGCGCAGGGGUGGUGGCCCGGGAGCAGCGGGAGCCAGAGGAGGGCCCGGGCGCCGGCUGGGGUGCAGCGCGGCAUGCAGCUGCGGGCUCCAGUGCCGGCGUGAGGGUUGUCGGCGCGAUUCACUCGAGUCCCCCGACGCCCCCCAGCUGGUGCUGCCGGCCAACAUCGGGGACAUUGAGGUGCUGAACCUGGGGAACAACGGCCUGGAGGAUGUGCCUGAAGGUCUGGGGUCGGCUCUGGGCAGCCUUCGCAUCUUGGUCUUGUGCAGGAACCGCUUUGCCCGGCUGCCCCCUGCGGUGGCGGAGCUAGGCCAUCACCUUACGGAGCUGGACGUGAGCCACAACCGGCUGACAGUCCUGGGUGCCGAGGUGGUGAGCGCCCUGAGGGAGCUGCGCAAGCUCAACUUGAGCCACAACCAGCUGCCGGCGCUGCCUGCCCAGCUGGGUGCCCUCGGCCACCUGGAGGAGCUGGCUGUCAGCUUCAACCGGCUAGCGCAUCUGCCAGAUUCCUUCUCCUGCCUCAACCACCUGCGCACCCUCGACGUGGACCACAACCAACUCACCGCCUUUCCCAGGCAGCUGCUGCAGCUGGCUGCCCUGGAGGAGCUGGACGUAUCCAGCAACCGGCUGCGAGGCCUACCUGAGGAUAUUAGUGCCCUGCGUGCCCUCAAGAUUCUCUGACUUAAUGGGGCCGAGCUUGGCACCCUGCCCAGCGGCUUCUGUGAGCUGGCCAGUUUGGAGAGUCUCAUGUUAGACAACAACGGGCUGCAGGCUCUGCCCCCCCCCCCCGAGUUCAGCCGCCUGCAAAGGCUCAAAAUGCUCAACCUCUCUUCCAACCUCUUUGAGGAGUUUCCUGAUGCGCUGCUGCCCCUGGCUGGUCUGGAGGAGCUCUACCUUAGUCGGAACCAGCUCACCUCAGUACCAUCUCUUAUCGCCGGGCUGGGCCGGCUUCUCACCCUGUGGUUGGAUAACAACCGCAUCCGCUACUUGCCGGAUUCCAUUGUGGAGCUGAUGGGCCUGGAGGAGCUGGUCCUUCAGGGCAACCAGAUCGCUGUUCUGCCCGACAACUUUGGCCAGCUCUCCCGGGUGGGCUUGUGGAAAAUCAAGGACAACCCCCUGAUUCAGCCCCUUUACGAAGUCAACAUGAAGGGGAUCCCCUACAUCGCAGCCUACCAGAAGGAAUUGGCUCAUUCCCAGCCAGCUGUGCAGCCCCGCCUCAAGCUGCUCCUGAUGGGCCACAAGGCUGCAGGCAAGACCCUGCUCCGACACUGCCUCACUGAGGACAAAGUGGAAGGAGACCAAGGAGGAGGGGACAAGGAGAAGAACUACCUGCUUUUCCCUCCCCUUGGGAGCAAGGGCAUCGAGGUGACCAGCUGGACUGCGGAUGCUUCCCGGGGCCUGCGGUUCAUUGUGUAUGACUUAGCCGGUGAUGAAAGCUAUGAGGUGAUCCAGCCCUUCUUCCUCUCCCCAGGAGCCCUGUAUGUGCUGGUGGUCAACUUGGCCACCUAUGAACCUUGCUGCUUUCCUAUGACCGUGGGCACCUUCUUGCACCGGGUGGGGGCCCGGGUGCCUCACGCCGUGGUGUGCAUUGUGGGCACACACGCGGACCUGUGUGGGGAGCGGGAGCUUGAGGAGAAGUGUCUGGACAUUCACCGCCAGAUCUCCCUCCAGGAGAAGCACGAUGCAGAGGGCCUAAGCCGUCUAGCCAAGGUGGUGGAUGAGGCCCUGGCUCGGGACUUCGAGCUGCGCUCUGCCAGCCCCCACGCAGCCUACUAUGGUGUUUCAGACAAGAACCUUCGGAGGCGCAAGGCCCAUUUUCAAUACCUGCUCAACCACCGCCUGCAGAUCCUCUCCCCCGUGUUGCCCGUUAGCUGCAGGGACCCCCACCAAUUGCAACGCCUCCGUGACAAGCUGCUCUCUGUAGCUGAGCACCGGGAGAUCUUCCCCAACUUACACAGAGUCCUGCCUCGGUCCUGGCAGGUGAUGGAGGAACUCCACUUCCAGCCACCUCAGGCACAGCGACUGUGGCUGAGUUGAUGGGACUCGGCCCGCCUGGGUCUGCAGGCAGGGCUGACGGAGGACCGGCUGCAGAGCGCCCUUUCCUACCUGCAUGAGAGUGGCAAGCUCCUCUAUUUUGAGGAUAGCCCCGCCCUCAAGGAGCAUGUCUUCCACAACCUCACCCACCUCAUUGACAUCCUCAAUGUCCUUUUCCAGAGAGAUGCCUCUUUGCUGCUGCAUAAACUGCUCCUGGGGACCAGUGAAGAAGGGGAGGGGGAGGGGGAGGGGGAGAGCUUCCUCACUCCGGCAGUGCCCACCCCGGGUCAGGACCCACUCCGGGCCACUCAGCUUCAUCAUUAUGUGGAAGGCUUUCUGCUGCAUGGGCUCUUGCCGGCCCACGUCAUCCGGUUGCUGCUGAAGCCUCACGUCCAGGCCCAGCAGGACUUGCAGCUCCUCCUGGAGCUGUUGGAGAAGAUGGGGCUCUGUUACUGCCUCAAUAAACCCAAAGGCAAGCCGUUGAAUGGCUCCACGGCUUGGUACAAGUUCCCCUGCUACGUGCAGAAUGAGGUGCCCCAAGCAGAGGCCUGGAUUAAAGGGACCAACCUGGCUGGGCAGUCCUUUGUGGCCGAACAGUUGCAGAUUGAAUAUAGUUUUCCCUUCACUUUUCCACCUGGAUUGUUUGCGCGCUACAGUGUCCAGAUCAACAGCCAUGUGGUGCACAGGUCGGAUGGGAAAUUUCAGAUCUUUGCCUAUAGAGGGAAAGUUCCCGUAGUGGUGAGCUACAGGCCCGCCAAGGGGGUCCUGCAGCCAGACACCCUGUCCAUCGCUAGCCAUGCAUCGUUACCAAAUAUAUGGACGGCAUGGCAAGCCGUCACCCCUUUGGUCGAGGAACUGAACGUGCUGCUUCAGGAAUGGCCUGGACUGCACUACACCGUGCACAUCCUCUGUUCUAAGUGCCUUAAGAGAGGGUCCCCCAAUCCACACGCUUUCCCAGGGGAGUUGCUGAGCCAGCCCAGGCCAGAAGGGGUGGCAGAGAUUAUCUGCCCCAAGAAUGGCAGCGAGCGAGUGAAUGUGGCCUUGGUUUACCCACCUACACCGACUGUGAUCAGCCCCUGUUCCAAGAAGAACGUUGGUGAAAAGCACAGAAACCAGUGACAUUCGUGGCUGUGGAAUUUCCAUGGAGUCAACAGAGCAUGGGAACUGACUGGGACAUCUUUUGCCCCUGAGAAGCAGCGGAGAGGAGAGAGCCUUGGUUGUCACGUGUGUUGUGGCCAGGGUCGACAUGCUCAGAGGGUCAUGGGCCUGAAAAAGCUCCAGCAAAGGAUGAGAAUUUGCCUCAGUGUGGGGGGGAGGCUUGGAGAUACAAGAGCCACUCCGCUCAAGAGGAAUUUCAGUGUCUGCGUAGGAAAUUCUGUUUCCUCGUUUCAACACCUGGGAAGACUCAGCGGCCAGCAGCUGAGGGGGCCGUCCACUAAGCACAAGAGGCAUCCUUCUACCCAAGGAGCCCCUUGCCUGUCAGAUGCUCUCCAAGUUUGUUAUGGUUUCUAUUCCUGCAACUAUGGUGGUAUUCCAAACCACUUCCUGGGAUUGUAAAAGUGAUGCCAGAAUAAAUGUUUUCCCCUUCCAAGGAAAGGAAAAAAAAAAAAAAAGACAGCGCUCAUAUUUGACAUAUGUCCUGGACUCUUUCGAAUGAAUAAAGAGGAAAGGCUUGACGAGAUUCCAAUGGAGUGUGUGUUUUUCAUGCUGCAGUCUGUGAAUUGUAAUUGUGGUUUCCCAGUUCAUUGUCCUAACAGGGCAGAAAUUAAAAAAAAAUCAAUAAAAAUACAAUGAAAUGUUUAA